AGCAACGGGGGGGUUUGGAGACGGAGCUCUGAAGGGUGUGUUUUAUGAUCCACUGCAGAUUCAAAGCAAGAAGAAAAGAGUGGAGAAAGGGAACGAGCCAGGAGACUGAAGUGAAAAGAUGCUGAGAUAAAGGAGAAGCGGAGAUGGAGACAGGAAUGUGAGGAGGAGAAACCGAAGGGAUAAAACAGAGGGAUAAAGACGGGAAGACGGGGAAACACCUGCAGAGUUGGCUGCAGACGGAGGGAUUGUGGAAAGCGGGAAGCAGCUUCAGUCACCAAAGCAAACCAGCACAGACUGAAUUAAGCGCGUCUCCCUGGAGAGUGUGUGCCUAACCUGGGAGGGUGUGUGUUGUCCCGUGUUGAUGAGUGUGUGGGUGUUUUCUGUCACCUUUGAUGGGACAUUAAGAGAUGUGCGCGCCUCAGCGUCUGUGGAUGGGCUGUAGGGGGCGUUGUCCCUCUGUCCUCCCCCUCCUUCUCCUCCUCCCUCUGUACUUCCUGUUUGCUCAGGGAGCCAUCAUCAUCCCGGGGCAUUAUAAUUUACCGCCCAUGCAAGAGCCUCCCAGUCUGAUGGAGGUUCCCACAUCGCUGACGGCGUUUUCCCGAGAAGACGUGAUUCUGACCUGCAACGCCACCGGCAACCCGCCGCCGCUGAUCCGCUGGGUGAAGGACGGGGUCCAGUUCGGCACAGAGAAGGUCGGUUAUGGAAAGAUUAACGCCUCAGAAAACGAAGAAACGAUGGAGCUGGAGUCUUACGCCGGCGUCUACCAGUGCUUCGCCUCCAACCACCUGGGCACCGCCAUGACACAGACCGUAGAGGUCAAAGUGGAGCCUCAUCCGUUUGUACCAAAAGAAAACAAACUGGAUAAGACUGCGUACGAGUCAGAGAGCCUGAUCCUGACCUGUGACCCUCCGAAGAGGUCGACGCCUCCUCAAAUCUACUGGAUGGGAACCAAGAUGCGCCACAUUCCCCAGAAUGAGAGAGUGAUGAUCGGCCUGGACGGAAACUUGUACUUCGCCAACCUCAUCAAGAGCGACAGCAGGAGCGACUACUUCUGCUACGCCCAGUACACUGCAGCCAGGACCAUCAUCCCUGUGACUGUGGCUCGGCUCACCGUCCAGUCAAGUAACGAAGUUGUUCGUGGAAGAAGACCAGAUCUACUCCACCCCCAUGGCUCCCACACCGCAGUGCAGGCCCUCAGGGGUCAAAGUGUCACCCUCGAAUGUAUCCCCAAAGGCCUACCGACUCCCUGGGUGGAGUGGCAGAAGACGGACGGCGACCUGAAGACCACGAGUGCCUCGCUGGACAGCUUCGACCGCUGGCUUCACUUUGACAGCAUCACUGAGGACGAUGACGGCGAGUACCGCUGCAGGGCGCACAACAUCCACGGGAAUGCGACACACUCCUUCACCGUCACUGUGAAAGCGGCUCCCUACUGGAUGAAGGAGUUUCCAGACCUGAAGUACGCGCCGGGGGAAACCGUGAGGCUGGACUGCCUGGUCAAGGGGAACCCGGAACCCGCCAUCACCUGGAGAAUCAACGGCGAGCCGCUCACAGCGGUGGACCCGGAUCCUCGCCGCAUCGUGACCGGCAGCGCGCUGAUCCUGAGGGACGUGGUCGUUUCUGACACGGCCAUCUAUCAGUGUGAAGCCACCAACGUUCACGGCUCCAUCCUGCAGAACAUCAACCUGUUUGUCGUCGAGCUGCCGCCUCAGAUCCUGUCUUCUGAUGGGAUUGUGUACAAAGUGUUUGAAGGUGAACAAGUCAACAUGGACUGUGAGUCGUUUGGUGCUCCCCGACCUCAGAUUACAUGGCUGCGUGAGGACGCCGUUUCUCUGCUGUUGGAUAAUCGUGUUUCCUUAUUCACCAAUGGGACGGUUGAACUGGUCAACGUCACCCAUGAGGACAGCGGCGCCUACACCUGCUCUGUUGAUAACGCCGACAUCUCCAUCACCGCUAACCUGGAAGUCUUCAAUCGAACUGUGAUUCUUAAAGGUCCGCAGGACGUUCACGUCCACCGGGGACAAACUGCUUACCUGGACUGUCACUUCUACAAAGACCCUCGGCUGCGUGCCGACGUCCUGUGGAAAAAAGACGAACAGCACCUGAACUUCUCAAAGCCUCACAAAUCCAGGUACAGCGUUCACAGGAACCACACGUUACAAGUGAAAAAAGUCCAGCAAGACGACACAGGAAGGUUUUCCUGUGAGAUCAGAACUGACCCGGUGGGCCAGGUGACGGCCACCGGCUCCAUCACUGUGUUAGCUCCACCGGACCCCCCCAGCUCUGUGUCGCUGUCCCCCAUUGAGGACCACAGCGCCACCCUCAGCUGGACCCCAGGAUCUUCACACAACAGCCCCAUAACAGAGUUCAUCGUUGAGGCCGAGGAGAAGCCGCUGACGGACAGCGGCGCCGUGGCGUGGAGGAAAUGGACGACGGUUCCUGGAGACUUCAGCCACUUCCAGUUCAGCCUGCAGCCUUUCUGCCGCUACCGCUUCAGGGUUGCCGCCGUGAACGAACUGGGCCAAAGCAAAGCCAGCGAGCCCACCGAGCCGCGCAGCACUCCGCCUGCAGCGCCACGUUCGAACCCCACAAAUGUUCGCACCAACUCCACAGAGCCGGGCGUUCUGCUCAUCACCUGGGACGAGAUGGAAAAGCGUCUCCACAACGGCCAGGACUUCCAGUACCGGGUGUACUCGGAGGCCAACGAUAAAGACGCAGAAUGGAACUGGGCCUUCGUCAAGUCUCCGCCGUUCACGGUGAACGAGACGGGAACCUUCACGCCGUUUGAGAUCAAAGUCCAGGCUGUCAACGCCAUCGAGUCGGGACCGACUCCCGAGGCAAAGACUGGACACUCCGGGGAGGACAAGCCGGAGGAGCCGCCCAGCGGCGUUGCCUUCACCGUGGUGAACAGCACCGUCAGAGUGACGUGGAACGAAGCGCAGAACGUCCGCGGCCACCUGCUGGGCUACAGGCUGUACAUCAGGAGGCUGGGUUCCUCCAGACGGGACAGGAGGUCCCUGGGCAAACACCACCACACGGCGGAGCACCGACUGGAGCAACACAAACUGGCGAACAGGAACCACUGGGUGGUGGAGGUCCACGGUCCCAAGACGGCCGCCGAGGUCACUGGUCUGCGUCUGUUCUCCCAGUACGAACUGGAGCUCACCGCCUUCAACAGCAAAGGGGAGAGCCCUCGCUCCUCACCGACGCGUUUCAACACGCCAGAGGGAGCUCCUGGUCCUCCUGCAUCUCUGAGGUUUGAAAGCCCAACGGAAACGUCACUGAUUCUCCACUGGACUCCUCCGCAUGAAGUUAACGGAGAACUUCAGGGCUACGAGGUGCAAUAUCAGCAAGAGGGAGGCAGCCAGAUGGAGAUCCAGAUGAUCAAUGUUUUCAACGUAAACCAGGUGGAACUGAAGAACCUGGACCCCAGCAGCUAUUACCUGUUUAAGGUCAUCGCACGCACGGCGGCAGCAGGACAGGGUCCGCCCAUCACCCGGAGGGGCGCCACGCUGCUGGAAGGAGCUCCUCCCACAAACAUCACCGUGGUUUCCAGUGUCACGUCGUUCAAUCUGAGCUGGGUGCCUGAAGACCGCCACCGGAACCACGGCUUCCACAUCCACUACCUGCGGAAGAGCGCCGGCGGUCAGUGGGAGGAGUCAGAGCUGAUCAACUCCACGCAAGGUUUCUAUUCGCUGACGGGCCUCCAGCCAGGAACCGAGUACAGCCUGAGGAUCCUGCACGACAACAACACGCACUGGCAGGAAAUGCUGCGGACCGUCGGACCAGUGCCGUCGGAAAUGCCGGGCCGGUUUGCCACCCAGGGCUGGCUGAUUGGACUCGUCAGCGCCAUCGUGCUCCUCAUCCUCAUCCUCCUCAUCCUCUGCCUCAUCAAGCGCAGCAGGGGGGGGAAAUAUGCAGUGAAGGACAAAGAGAAAAAGGAGAUCGACUUCGACCUUCAGAACAAGGAUGAAACCUUCGGCGAGUACAGCGACGGCGACGAGAAACGCUCGGACAGCCAGCCCCUGUGCGACGACAGCAAGCUGGGGAGCGACGACUCGCUGGCCGAGUACGGCGACAGCGUGGACAUCCAGUUCAACGAGGACGGCUCCUUCAUCGGCCAGUACAGCGGCCGCUCCGCCGCGCCGCACGGCAGCUCCGGCCCGGCCUCCCCGAUCAACCCGCCGCCGCCGCCCUUCGCUCCCUCCAUGUCCGGCAUCCUGAACCGGCCCAGCUAGAUCCAGAACCAGAACCGCCCACACGUGCAUGCCUGCAGCAGAGACGGACCGAGUCCACUUCCUGAUUCCGACAUCCACAGGAAGUUUUACUCCAUGUUUACAGCUUUUGAUGCAAAACUGCUAACUGCAAGAAAAUGAACAAAUUUGGCUCCUUUAUAGAAACAAAUAUAUAUUCAUGAAAUGAAAUCCACUGCAGUAAGUUACUCUUUACUGUUCAACUCUGCAAAAACACAAAGUAAUACCAGGAGUUUAUAGUCCAGUUUGUAGUGCAGGCAGAUUAAAACACUAAAUUAAGACCAAAGUCAUUUUAAAUCAUCUUAUCAGCAAGUUUAGAAACUUAUUUUAAGUAAUUAAUUCCUUAAUAUUGAUGAAAAAGUUCUAGUUCCAAGUAAAUUGAACUAAUAUUUCAUAUUAUGGAAUUACUUAAAGCUUCAAAUCAAGUUAUUUGUAUUUAAUCUAUUUGCACUGCAGCUGGACUAUUAACUAUUAUUUUGUGUUUUUGCAGUGAAUCUUCACUGCCGUAUUUCUAACCAUUGCUGUAAAGCUUGGAGUUAGCAGCUUUGUACUGUUGAGCUCAGAAUCAUAUUAUUAUCGCUCUGUCAGAAUAUAACAGCUUCAAAUUUCUCCUUAAAAAGCAAAAACUGGCGCAGCUGGACAAAUAUGAUGCAUUUAGCUGAAUUUCCCAUCAAUAUUUCUGCCUCAUUCCGUUUCUUCAUCCAUUUUUACUCAAACGUCGUAACUUUUUUUAUAGAAACAUUUAAAUUCUUCAUGGGCGAACCGGGAAUGAUGCAGACUUUGGUUCUGAGAGGAUAAAUCGGUACUAACCUGCUUCUCUGUGCAGCUUCAGCGCGCGACUAAACCCUGUAAUCAGAAUAAAGUAUAAAUCCCAUCAUAUAAUGUUUCAUUUCA